AUGCUUAACAGCAACCCUCUGGAACUUAUUUACAGCAAUGAGGAUCCGGAUACAUAUUUGCACAACAAUGGAACCAAAACAACUUCUGACUUACUCCUGACUUCAAGCGACAUCAGCGAGCAUAGACGCCACAAAAUAAUUGACGAUCCUGGUUCUGGUCACAAACCAGUCAUUGCUAGUAUUACCAUCGGCAGCAAAAGCAUGACAAGGAAAGUGCCAACUAAGCUAUCAUGGAACUUCAAGAAGGCUGGCUGGCCUAGAUUCAUAAACUUUAUAAAGAAUAAACUUUCCACAGGUCCCCUCAAGCAUCCUGAAAAACUUUGCACUGCCGAAUAUUAUGAUCAGAUGUGCAAAGAAAACUAUUCCCCUUAA